AUGGCCACCACCACCACCGUGACAGCGUCACCCAGAGCAGCGCCUGCGCUCUCGAGAGACGGAGGCGAGUCGCGGCCCAGUCCUUCGCGGCCCAUUCCCUCGCGCUCCUCCACUUCGGCCGCAUCUCCGAUCGGAUUUCUGGGGAAUCUCACUCCGCAGCAGCAUAUCAAACUGAAGCAACUUUGGAGGAUCUUACUGCAGUACUGGGACCCCAAUACCACCGUCCCGGAUGUCGAGACCUGCUCCGUGGCGAGUACCUCGCAAACCACCAAAUCGACUCGCCAGCGCAUGCUGGCGCUCACCCGAUCGCAAAACCACCAACCCUCGAAACGAAUCGUCAUCCCGCCCCAAAUCCUAUUGACUCUGAAGAGCCUGGGUGCGAGCUCCAGCGACAUUAGAGCAUGUCGCUCCUUCCUGGUCAAAUUACCCUGCGAGCAGGUGUGUCCGGCAUUCCUAGCGAUGUUGAGACACGAGAACCCAGACGCAUUGAUGCUGCGGUUCCUCCGGGAGGAGAAAUGGAACGUGGUGAAGGCCUGGAUUGCGCUGCUGCACGUCCUCAAUUGGCGCACUAAUACAAUCAAAGUCGACGAGAUUCUGAUGAAAGGCGAGGAGGCCGCUUUCUUGAAGUCCCGGAUGUUGGAAGAGUGUGCCGACAAGAAAUACGGCGAGGGCUUUAUGCUCCAACUCACAACCGGCAAGGGGUAUUUUCAUGGCAUUGACAGAUCAAAUCGGCCUAUAAUCAUAGUGCGUGCGCGGUGUCAUCGUCCGAGUGAUCAGCCGUUGAAGGCACUUCUAGACUUUAUCGUUUUCUGUAUAGAGAAUAUACGGCUGGUGAUGACGCCGCCCACCGAAACCGUGGAUUUCCCUCCCAUCAAAUUCAUCAUCGAUUGCUUCCAAGAUAAUUACCCCGGUUUAUUAGGCCAUGUGUUGCUCUACAAUGCGCCCAAGAUCUUCGCUGGUGCGUGCAUGCAUGACUCCUCGUUCUGCUGGCUAUGUGCCGGAGUUUAA